AUGCCCGACGUUAUCGAGCCCCUCUCUCAGCCUCUGUUCUGGGUUCUCGCUAUCGUCCUCAUCGCAUUCUGGUUGAUGACAGUUCAAGCAGCCCCGAAUACCACUGCCAUAAUCAACCCCUCAAAGACCUGGAACGUCGUCUAUCUAAAAUGGCUUGAACCUCAUCUGACUUCCGCCCUGCGCAAAUUCGGUGUUCUCACUGUCUACCUCGGCAUAUUGGGCUUACAGCUACUGGAAGGAUGGUGGAUUCUGCAACUCGAUUUCACCCUGUUUCGGGGGUUGAGGCAAUUUUCUGGCCGGAGUAUGAAUCCUGUUGUGAUAUGUGCGGCAAUGGGUGUCUGGACCAUCUUUAUUGCAGUGAAUUUGGUAGCAGGAGCGUUGAUUCUCGUCGUUCAGUUGACCUGUAUUGGGGACAUUCUCAGUAUGCAUGUCCGACAUCGCCAGUUGGAGAAAGCGGUGCGGUGA